AUGGCACGCGUCAUCAACAACCACAUGCGAAUUAUGAAUCAGACAGACACUUCUUCAAUGAUGGAAUUGAAAGAAGUAGAAGAUGAAGAAUGGGAUACUAGAAAAUACUCGUCCAAAAAUGGGGCUGGAAAUGGUUGCAUGAUGAGGUGGGUGCUCAAUAGAGGAGUCUGUGUGGGAAAGAAGAUAUUAGUGGCUGGUUUCGUAGCUUCAGCUGCCCCGGUAGUUGUUCCACCUCUUGUGGUUGCAUCUGCUAUUGGCAUUGCUGUUUCUAUGCCGUAUGUUGUUCUCUUGGCUAGCCAUGUAUGCACUCAGAAUUUAAUGAGUAAGUUGCUCCCUAGGCCUACUCUUCAGGAUCUCCCUUUGCGAGAAGAGAUGUGUUUUCAGCUGGGUAGUGAUGAUAUGCAGAUAUUUAAAGAGGAACAAGCCCUUGUACAUGAAACAAAGAGAGACAUUGGAAUGGAUGAUUUUCAAUAUAUCAAGAAUGGGGAAAUUAUGGCAUUAGGGAGAGAGUGUGCCUAUGGAAUUAAAGAACACUCACCAGGAGAAAAGAAUGGGGUAGAAGUGCGACCAAUACGUGAGGACAAUGAAGAAUUUAAGACUUCUUUUGGGGUUACAGCUGUGGUUUUAGAGGAAUCCCGGGAUCAGGCCAUGGAGGGUGGCAUAGAGGAGACAGAGUUACGAAGAGAAACAAGGGGACUGUUAGAAAAAAUUAGAGAUGAGGGUAGAACUGAUAUGACCCAGGAGAGAGGAGAAUACGGAGGAGGAAUAUGUGGUGGAACAAAUGAAAGUGGUCAAAAAGGUGGUCCUAUUGUUGAAGAUAUGGAAGAAGCAUGGGAAGACACAUCUAGUACCAUUGGGGGGACUGAAGAAGAUCUAAAUGUAAGUGAGGAAAUGCUUCAUUCAAGAACUGAUGAAAGUAAGGAUACUCUAUUAGAAGGAAAAGGAUUUGAUACUACAUAUGAUUCAAACAAGCCAUUGACUGCACCUUCUGAAAUGCUGAUUCCAGCUGAAUCAAUUGAAGAUUUACCAAUAGAAGUGCUGGUUUAUGAUAUUCCAAUGGAUGAGGACUCAUCUGAGGUUUUCACUGAAAAGAUUGACAUACAUCGAGGCAAGUUAGAUUAUAACAUUUCUGACUUUGAAAAUCCAGAAUCUCAGAGUCAUGAAUUAAAUGAAAGGAUGUACUCGGAAGAUGCAGAAGCUAGAGAAAUUGCUAAUGAAUGUGCAUUUGAUUUGUUUGAUGGAAAACGGAUAGACCCUGAUGAGAACGCAUACACAAUUGAUUUGCACGAAGAAUCUUCAAAUAUUAAUGGGCAUACAGAUUCUAUGGAGGUUCUUAUUUCGUCUGUAGAACAUGAGUCUUGGCCAUCUGAAUGUUCCUCUGGAGAAAACAUCAUUUUCCCUUCUGAAGAGGUAGAAUUGGAUGAUGAGAACAUGUGGAAGCAGAUUAAUGUUAUAAGGAAGAUAGUAGGAUAUGAAGGCACAGAGGAAGCAUCAUUUGCAGAUGAACUAAAGGCUCUCUACAUCUUCACCGGAGUUGAGCCCCCAACUUCUCUAGAUGAGAACUCCAUUGACCCCUUAGAAAUCAAGGAGAAACUCCAAUUCCUUAUGUCCAUCCUUGGAAUUAAGUCGAAUAUGAGUUAG